ACAUUCUUUCUUAAACCUUAAAACUGUUAAUGUUGAACCGGAAUUACAAACUGUAUUCGAAAUAACACCAGAUAUACUGGAAACGAAAUGGGCGGAAACUCCAGCAAUACAAGAGAAAAGUCUGCUGCUUCUGACAGACAGGAGAAAGCUGUCGAUGAACUCUCAACAUCUCCAGAAAAGCCUUCGACUGAAGUCGCACCAUUAUUAGUUCAAGAAAAGAGCAUCACUUCAAAAGGUCCGUUGACUCCUCGAAAGCAUCAAGGUCCAAGAAUAACAGGGAUAGGAGACUCGACACCCAGAAAUUCGCAAAAGAAUGACACCAUAAUGACGGAAACGUUGGAAGAACCAGCGAAGACACAACUCUCAGAUUACAAAUUGCGCGAGUUGUUCUUAGAGACGGGCAGAGAGAAGCAUUCUUGGACUGAACCGAAUGCUGAGGGCAAUAGAAGCAUGGAUCGCUCUUCAACUAAAACCAUCCUUCCUCCCCUGGAUAAAUGUGUAGAGAAGCAGAGUAAUGAAAAAUUGAAGAAUGUGAACAAAGGGAAAAGGAAAAAGAAAAAAUAUUCAUCAAUUGUAUCAGUGUUGCCUCCCAGAAAUAUUUCAACGCAAACGGAUUUCGAGGACGAUGAGAAUACUCUGAAGCAGACGCUUCAAGCGAACGAAGACCUUAGAAAACAAUUGAUAUUAAAGCAAGAUGAGGUCUUAGCUCUAGAUUUCCAAAUUGAAGAAUACAAGAAGGAACUCAAUCGUCUUGCUGAAUCAAAUGAAUAUAAGAAAAUUGGAAAAUUAAAGAAGCAAAUACAAGCGUUGCAAGAAGAUAACAGCCAACUCAAAGACAGAUUUAGCAAAAUUGCAUCGGAGCGUUUAACAGACAACAAUCCGAAUAUAGCGGAUCUCAGUGAUAGGAAUCGACCAGGCAGACUUGGAGACCAGUUUUCUGAGGUUUAUUGCAACGAAUGGACAGAGGUAUUUGAAAGUUUGUCAAAGAAACACCAUCAAGAGGAGUCUCUCAUAUGCGCUCUUUUAGAGUGCGUUUUGGACAUUGAUAGCCUAUGUAGAAAAAGUGCGACACACGGUCUACAGACAUUUAUAAGUGAAUUGAAGAAUUUCGCUGGUUUGGAAGAGCUUCCGGAAACUAUUGCUUCAUCCCUCAAGCCUUACAAAGAAUUGAGAAAGAAGAACUUUGAACACCAUUUGAAAAAUAUAAUAGUGAUGGUUUUCAACAACCUUAAUGUAAAGUACCCUUUAUCCAUGAAUGUACCACUACGGAAGUAUAUCCACAGCACUACGACGCUCUGCUGGUUGAUGAGCAUUCAAGACCCUCCAGUUGUCUUGGAAAAAUCCUGCAUAAAAGGAGAUGCCUUCAAUGAGUUGCUGUUUACAAAAUAUAAAAAUAGCGGGAAAACGUACGAUUAUCUUGUUUGGCCUGCAGUACUUCUGAGUGAAGGUGGACCUGUUAUAAGGAAGGGCGUGGCUUGUCCUGAAAUGUUAAAGUCUAGUAGUUCAUUUCGAAGUGAACAUGAUGGACCGUUACAUAGUGCACCUUUUUAAGCAAACACGCCCAUUAGAUAUUAGCAAGUAGGAAGAUGUAUGCAAAUACAUACCUAUCACGUGACACAUUAGAUCAACUUUGAAUGAAGUCUCUUGUUAUGUAAACUGAAAAUAAUUAAUAGCAAGAAAAUGAACUGCAUCCUUUCGACUGUUAUUUGCAUAUGUCAAUAAAGAGUGUCUCAGGUUAAACUACAAUUUGACACUUAUAUACGAAUUAAGAUUUGUUUGUUGCUAUUAAAAUUGUUAUAUUGAUAUUAUAAACAUUAACUGUAAAACAUUGUUGAUAUAAUAAACAUUUACUGUAAAACAU